UGUUCGGUUUCUGGACGUCCGGUGGAGGCGAGGUUGGUGAUUUGACGGCUCCGCUGGCGCGGGACGGAAGACGCGUCCAGUCAGAGCCCCUAGUGGAGAGCGGGGACUCCGAGCUGCUUGCGUCGGUGUCCGUCUCCAAGCCGGCCCUCGGCAGGGGAGUGCCUCCGUCCCAGUACCAGGCUUUGUUUUGUCGGGGGAUUCCGUCAUGGCGUCCCAGCCGAAUUCCUCCACGAAGAAGAAGGAGGAGAAGGGGAAGAACAUCCAAGUGGUGGUGAGAUGCAGACCAUUUAAUUUGGCAGAACGGAAAGCAUGCGCCCAUUCUGUAGUAGAAUGUGAUCAUGUACGAAAAGAAGUUAGUGUACGAACUGGAGGAUUGGCCGACAAGAGCUCAAGGAAAACAUAUACUUUUGAUAUGGUUUUUGGAGCAUCUACUAAACAAAUAGACGUUUAUCGAAGUGUUGUUUGCCCAAUUCUGGAUGAAGUUAUUAUGGGCUAUAACUGCACUAUUUUUGCAUACGGCCAAACUGGCACUGGAAAAACCUUUACAAUGGAAGGUGAAAGGUCACCUAAUGAAGAAUAUACUUGGGAAGAGGAUCCUUUGGCUGGUAUAAUUCCACGUACUCUUCAUCAGAUUUUUGAGAAACUUACUGAUAAUGGUACUGAAUUUUCAGUCAAAGUGUCUUUGUUGGAAAUCUAUAAUGAAGAACUUUUUGAUCUCCUUAAUCCAUCCUCUGAUGUUUCGGAGAGACUACAGAUGUUUGAUGAUCCUCGUAACAAGAGGGGAGUGAUAAUCAAAGGUUUAGAAGAAAUUACAGUACACAACAAGGAUGAAGUUUAUCAAAUUUUGGAGAAGGGAGCAGCAAAAAGGACAACUGCAGCAACAUUAAUGAAUGCAUACUCUAGUCGUUCCCACUCGGUUUUCUCUGUUACAAUACAUAUGAAAGAAACUACAAUUGAUGGAGAGGAGCUUGUUAAAAUUGGAAAGUUGAACUUGGUUGAUCUUGCAGGAAGUGAAAAUAUUGGCCGUUCUGGAGCAGUUGACAAGAGAGCUCGGGAAGCUGGAAAUAUCAAUCAAUCCCUGUUGACUUUAGGAAGAGUUAUUACUGCUCUUGUAGAAAGAACACCUCAUGUUCCCUACCGAGAAUCUAAACUAACUAGAAUCCUCCAGGAUUCUCUUGGGGGACGUACAAAAACAUCUAUAAUUGCAACAAUUUCUCCUGCAUCUCUCAAUCUUGAGGAAACUCUGAGUACAUUGGAAUAUGCUCACAGAGCAAAGAACAUACUGAAUAAGCCUGAAGUUAACCAGAAACUAACAAAAAAAGCCCUGAUUAAGGAAUAUACAGAAGAGAUAGAGCGUCUGAAACGAGAUCUCGCUGCAGCCCGUGAAAAAAAUGGGGUAUACAUUUCUGAAGAAAAUUUUAGAGUCAUGAAUGGAAAACUAACUGUUCAAGAAGAACAGAUUGUAGAAUUGACUGAAAAAAUUGGUGCCCUUGAGGAGGAGCUAAGUAGGGUUUCAGAAUUGUUCAUGGAUAAUAAAAAUGAACUUGACCAGUGUAAAUCUGACCUGCAAAAUAAGACACAGGAACUUAAAACCACUCAAAAACAUUUACAAGAAACUAAAUUACAGCUUGUUAAAGAAGAGUAUAUCACGUCAGUUUUGGAAAGUACUGAGAAGAAACUUCAUGAUACUGCCAGCAAGUUGCUUAACACAGUUGAAGAAACUACAAAAGAUGUAUCCGGUCUCCAUACCAAGCUGGACCGUAAGAAGGCAGUUGAUCAGCACAAUGCAGAAGCUCAGGAUAUUUUUGGCAAAAAUAUGAACAGUCUUUUUAAUCAUAUGAAAGAAUUGAUAAAGGAUGGCAGUUCAAAACAAAAGGCCAUGUUGGAAGUUCACAAGACCUUGUUUGGUAACCUGCUGUCUUCCAGUGUUUCUGCAUUAGACAUCAUUACUACGAUAGCACUUGGAUCUCUCACAUGUAUUCCAGAAAAUGUGUCUACACAUGUUUCUCAGAUUUCUAAUAUGAUAUUAAAAGAACAGUCAAUAGCAGAAGAAAGUAAAACUGUACUUCAGACAUUGAUUAAUGUACUUAAGACUGACCUUCUAAGUUCACUGGAAACAAUUUUAUCCCCCACUGUGUUGGCUAUACGGAAAAUUGAUAGUCAGCUCAAGCAUAUUUUCAAGACUUCACUGACAGUGGCUAAUAAGAUAGAAGAUCAGAAAAAGGAAAUGGAUGGCUUUCUCAGUAUGCUCUCUGACAAUCUACAUGAACUACAAGAAAAUACGAUUUCUUCCUUGGCUGAGUCACAGAAGCUAUGUGAAAAUUUAACUGAAGACCUGAAGACAAUAAAGAAAAUCCAUUCACAGGAACUUCACCAGUUAAUCAAUCUUUGGGGAGAGAGGUUCUGUGCUUUGGAGGAAAAGUGUGAAAACAUCCAGAAACCACUUAAUAAUAUCCAAGAAAAUACAGAGCAGAAGUCUAAGGAUAUAAUCAGCAAAACAACUUCUCAUAGUACGAAAUUCUGUGCUGAUUGUGAUGACCUAUCACAGGAACUCAGACAUUUUAACCAAGAAGGUACACAGUUGGUUGAAGAGUGUGCAAAACACUGUGAUAAACUCAAUAGCAACUUUGAAAUAACAUCCCAAGAGACUGAACAGAAAUGUGAAGCUCUGAACACAAGCGUACUUUGUUUUUCUGAACAGUGGCUAUCUUGCUUAAAUAAAAGGGAAGAGGAAAUGCAGACCUUAUUGGAGGUUGUAAACCAGAGUUGUGAAGCUUCAAGUUCAAAGAUUACUGAAAAAUUAAGUGGACAUGAAGCAACUAAUGAGAAACAGCGUAACAUUUUACUUGGUCAGAUAAAUAUGGAUGAAGAAAAAUUAAUGGCACAAAGUCUGGAACUUAAUGAAAACAUAAAAAUUGGUUUGACUAAGCUUAAUUUCUUUCUACAUCAGGAUCUGAAACUGGAUAUCCCAACAGGUACAACACCACAGAGGAAAAAUUAUUUAUACCCAUCAACACUGGUGAGAACUGAACCACGUGAACAGCUCCUUGAUCAGUUGAAAAGGAAACAGCCUGAGCUGUUAAUGAUAAGCUGUUCAGAAAACAGAGAAGACAGCACUCAGAACUCAGAUGAAGAACAGGCAGUUCUGGAGGACACCAUAGAAGAACCUCUAAGUCAGGAGCCAUCUGUAGAUGCCAAUGUGGAUUGUUCAUCGAGUGGUGGGGUUCCAUUUUUCCAGCAUAAAAAACCACAUGGAAAAGACAAAGAAAAUAGAGGCAUUACUCCAGUGGAGAGGUCUAAAGUUGAAGAAGCUACCGAGCAAUCUGUUACAAAGAGCAGAUUACCUCUACGGUCCCAGAUAAAUCUUUAGUUAACUUGAGGAUUUUAAUUUUAUUUUUAAGAAAAUUGAAAAUUAAAAUCCGUAACCCCAGAACUUGAGCCUUAUGUAUAGAUUAAAAACAGUACAAAACAUCAAGGCAAUACUGUAAAUUUACUUGCAUUUAAUGUUUCUAAUCAUUUUUUCUGUCUUUGCUCUGUAGUUCACUAUAUAUUAAGUUGGGUUUCAUUUGGAAUUUUCACUAAGUAUUUCUAGGUUUUGAUAUAAAAUUGUCUUUCCAUAACAAAUUAAAAAUAUUUUUCUUGUUUAUUACUAAAUAACAAAUGUACAGAAGCUUCUCUGUUGUUCUAGGAUUGAACUUACAGAUAAAUAUCACCAGUAGUUGGUCUUGGGAAAGACCUUCUCUCUCUCUCUCUUUUUUUUUUUAUUUGGUAUGAUUGAAUUAUGUCCAUAUUUACUUGCCUCCUUCCCAGACUUGUCAUUCUGCCUUCUUAGCUCAAUUUCUCCCAUUUUAUUUGUCAAUAAACCAUUUGUAGAGCUCCAGAGUGGUAUCCAUUAUUACUAUAAGAUAGUCAGAAUUUUACCUGGAUACCUUUAAUAGUUUUCUAUGGUUAUCUUUAAAAUCACUGUCAACAAUAAACAACCCUAGAAGGUCUUUUCAGCAUUUUUAAUUUGUUCCCCUGUAGAUGCGAAAGCAUUUAAUUCCUUUCUGAGGCCAAACACAUGAGCCUCCACAGAGUUCUUGUUAUUAUGGGAGAUCUACCCAGAUCUCUGAACAGCUGGGUGACCCCGUCAUAAUGCCUGUGUCUUGUGCAGAAAGUCACAGUGAUUUUAAGGGCUUUUUGAGCUAUUAUGAUUAUAAUUUGUAUUCCUUUGUUUACCUGAUGAAACUUUGUAUUGUUCUUUGUGUAUAAUAAAAUGUGUAUAUGUAUA